AUGCAUAGCAUAAUAUCUCGCGUCAACAAUGUAUCUGCCUUCUUGUCUACAUGCAUGAUGUGUCUCCUCGGUGCUAUCGCGCUUUCAUCAUUUCUUUUCACUGCCGAUCCAAAGGGCAAGCUAACGGUCGCCGCUGUCAAAGUAUAUAAUGCAAAAGUCCCUCGAUACCCUCGUAGGAAGCAAGAGAUGGCGUUUGUAAACUUCGACCUCAAAGCUGACUUGACCCCACUUUUCAACUGGAAUACGAAACAGCUUUUUCUUUACCUAGAAGCAGAGUAUGUCAAUACCGAAGGGGUGCAUAACGAAGUCGUGAUAUGGGACCGUAUUGUGCGGAGAAAGGCAGAUGCCAUCAUCAAUGUAUCGGGCAAGAACAAAUAUGCGUUCCGGGAUGUCUCGCGAAAGUUCAAGGACAUUCCGACAUCAAACUAUACCCUCAAAUACAACGUGAUGCCUUACGUCGGUCUCUUAAUUUACGGCGAAGCCGCUACUACUCUGGAACCGGUCGAGUUU